AUGCUGGAAAAGAAGCGUGCUAUAUAUUCUGACCGUCCUACCCUGACCGUAGGUGGUGACAUGGCCGGAUGGGAUCGCGUGCAAGCGCUCCUCCAGACGGGCCCCGAAUGGCGCGAACAUCGUUUACUGUUCUCACUGUUCAUUGGAAGUCGAAGUAAGAUAGCACAGUUACAUAUUCUCAGAAGCGUUGGUGCCAGCAUCCUCCGGCUUUCUCAUGGAUGUACAGCAGAAGAGGACGUCGACUACUUUUUGCAAUUUGCUGAAAGUGCACUCGCGGAGUUCUCGUAUCUGACUGGUGGCGGGCCGUUUUUGGCUGAUGCUAUCCCUUGGUUGCGCUAUAUCACCGAGUGGAUGCCAGGAGCAGAAUGGAGGAGGAACGUCAAGAUCUGGGCUAAACAUCGACGGGACAUGCAAGACUUGCCUUACCGGUUCGUGCAAGGACAAGUUGCAGCAGGUCCCGCUCUCCCCAGUUUACUUUCCUUGAGACUGCAGGAAGAGAACCUUACAUCCGAGCAAGAAGAGGUUGCCAAGUUUAUCGCUACCUCAUUCUUCGUUGGCGGCACAGACUCUACUGCAGCCGCUCGCUAUAAGCAACUUCUUCUUGAUUAUGAUGUGUUAGCCAAGAGUGCAGCAGAGGGCCCAGAUGGAAAUAGACAGUGUGAUUGGGAGCGACAGACUCCCAGAGAUCGCCGACAGGUCCCAGCUGCCCUACCUCAAUGCAGUAUGCUUGGAGAUCUUCCGGUGAAAUCCUGUCAUUUCACUAGCUUACCACUGUCUCAGCCAGGAUGA